ACUGCCUCCGUGCCUCCCCCUCCACUCCUGCUUCGCAGCAGCAGGUUGUCAGCUUUCCCUGUAGGAGCUGUGGGAUGCUGCUGAACACACCCUUUGCAUUUCGCUGUCUUUUCACAUCAGUGUUAACCUAUUUUAUGCAGUCUAUGGUGUUAACUAGCAGCUGAAGAACAUUCAAACCUUCACUAAAUAUGUGGCGUAGUACCGGCUGACUGCAUCUGCUUGAGGUUACUGUGAUGGCCGGGUCAAAGAUGUCUGUGCCACUGGCUGUAGUGGUGGUCCUCUCAGUGCUGCUGACAGGGGCAACCCAUGCUGGGCCUGAGAUGGAUCCAUACAAAAUCUUAGGAGUAACCAGGAGUGCAAGCCAGGCUGAGAUCAAGAAGGUUUAUAAGCGUCUUGCAAAAGAAUGGCAUCCUGACAAAAACAAAAAUCCAGGUGCCGAGGACAUGUUUAUCAAGAUUACCAAAUCUUAUGAGAUCCUUUCCAGUGAAGACAAACGUGCCAAUUAUGACCGUUAUGGGCAGACUGAUGACACCCAGCCAUACGGCAAUGGUCGCUAUGGUCAGCACCAGGACACCUUUAACUUCGACGAGUCCUUCUACAACUUUCCCUUCAACAGCAAGACCCAUAGGGACUUUGCUGACAGCAAGUACACGUUGCACUUUAAGCAGUAUGUCAAUGACGUGGUGCCUGACAGCUCCAAGAGACCAUACCUGAUAAAGAUCACCUCUGACUGGUGCUUCAGCUGCAUCCACAUCGAGCCUGUAUGGAAAGAGGUGGUGGAGGAGAUGGAGACUCUAGGUGUCGGGAUAGGUGUGGUGGAUGUUGGCAAUGAGAGACGAUUAGCAAAUCACCUCGGUGCUCAUCGCACCCCAUCAAUACUCGGAGUCCUAAAUGGCAAAGUGACGUUUUUCCAUUACGCUGUAGCAAAGGAGCACCUGAGACAGUUUGUAGAAGACCUUCUUCCUCAGAGACUUGUGGAAUGGGUCACCGACAAGAAUGACCUGCACUUCUUGAACAGCUGGCAUGAGCUCAACAAGCCACACGUGCUUCUGUUUGACCAAGUGCCUGUAGUUCCUCUGCUUUACAAACUGACAGCUUUUGCUUAUAAGGACUACUUGCAGUUUGGCUAUGUGGACCAGGGCCUUUCAGAGACCGCUAAUCUGCAGAAACAGUUCAAUAUUAACACUUACGCUCCAACUAUGUUGAUCUUCAAAGAGAGCAUUGACAAGCCUGCUGACAUUAUACAGGCUAAAGGAAUGAAAAAGCAAAUUAUCGAUGAGUUCAUGUCAAACAACAAAUUCCUCCUUGUGCCACGGCUGGUCAAUCAGAAGCUCUUUGAUGAGCUCUGUCCUGUCAAACAGUUCCAUAGACGCAGAAAAUACUGUGUCCUGCUGAUGACAGGUGACGAAGAGUCCUUUUCUCUCGGGAACCAGGCAUUUCUUUCAUUUGCCUCUGCCAAUACCAAGGAAGUUGUGAGAUUUGCUUAUGUGUACCAACGGCUCCAGCAACCUCUUUGUGACACUCUCAUGCAGAACAAGGACAGUGCACCGCCACCAGCACAGGUGGUGAUCCUGGAGAGGCGGAACGCUGCAGGGAAGGCCUUGUUCAAGCCAGUGACCACCUGGAACGGCAGUGAGGAAGACAAGCAGUGUCUUCUGGAGGAGCUGGAGCGACUUCAGAAAGACCCGUCCAUCCUCGUCCAUGACGCCAUGCUGCCCGAACUUAACAACGAGUUUGCCUCUAUGUUUGUAAUCCGAUGGGUCUAUGCAUUUUACGAUUACCUCUCUGAAGUCAUCGAUGAUAUUCUGCAUAACAACUGGCGUGAGAUGAUGCCUCUUCUGUCCCUCAUCUUCUCUGCCUUGUUCAUCUUGUUUGGAACCGUGGUUAUCCAGGCCUUCAGGUCGGUUGCUUAACCCAUACAUUCUAGACCAUCAAAACUCUGAUUAAAAAAAAAAAAAAAAAAAACAUUUUGUGACUAAAAUUGAUUAUCGCCCAAGAAGAAUUUUGUGGAGGUUACGGAGCUGACAGAUAUCACUUACAUGAGCAACCUGGUGAAGCUGAGGCCGGGACACAUUAACAUAGUGCUGGUGCUCACUGACGCCUCCAAGAACAUCCUCCUUAGCAAGUUUGCCAAAGAGGUGUACUCCUUCACCGGGAGCCUGACGCUGCACUUCUCCUUCCUGAAUAUUGACAAGCACGGUGAGUGGAUGAACACACUGCUGGAAUAUGCCCAGGACGCCAUGCAGAUCGGUGCAGAUGAGGGUGACGCGGGAAACCACGAGAUGGACUACACCGGCUACGUGCUGGCUCUUAACGGCCACAAAAAGUACCUUUGUCUGUUUAAGCCCGUCUACACCGGCGAAGACCUUGACAGUAAGUCAUCUGAGGAUGAAGGGGGCACUUCAGGGGGGAGGUCGAGGUCCAGUUCACGUGACGACCACCCGCCGCGCAGAUCCAACCGUUGCCGCAGCUUAUCCACCCUGCAGAUCCACCACAAACUGGACCGUCUAGGGUUGUGGAUGGAAAGGCUCAUGGAAGGCACUUUGCCUCGCUACUACAUCCCUACGUGGCCAGGACUUGACAAAAUCACCCCCAGUAAAUAGAUUAAGGCGCGUUCUGCUGAAGUUAGGCUAGAGCUGCCUUUUUUUUUUUGCACUUGAUGUAAUAGUUACAGAUUGGGUUAAUAUAACAAACUUGGCUUUAGUGCAACUACUGUGGGACAGGUCCAUUAGUGCACCCCUCUUUACACUCAUCGCAUGCUGUUGUCAACUGUUGGUAGUCAUAUUUUAUUCAGGCUAAUGCUGCUGCUGCUGCAGCCUUGUGAACAGAAUGAAAAAUCACUGUGGCCAUUUGGUCUUCAGUAAUAAAUACUGUGAGUGGAGAUGCAUGUCUCUUAACACUAAAAUGUCUUGCGUUUUCAUGCAUCUCCGCCCAUUGUCUUUCAGUGAUGGAUGACCUCCUGAAUGCUGACUUGCUUGCGCAGUGUAGCGCACUGCUGUAAUGACAAAGCCUUGGUCUAUUUAAUAACCUCAGUUAGCCAGUAGCUUUAUGUAGCAAUUUCAUGUUCUGAAUGUUUCCCAAAUGGCCCCGAUUGACUGAUACAUUAUCAUUUUGUCACCUUGAAUUACGUAGACAUGAAAGUGAAGUCAAACGUACUGUGUGCUCGCUUGGUUUAUUUAUUUGUUUUGUCAACAUUGAGCGUACAAACCUCAUGGAUAGAAUUUUGUGGGUACAAUGUGGUGUAAAUAUUGUACAUAAUCAUGUUAUCUAUAGGACCUGUAUUUUAAAGAGUAUGUAUCUUGAAAGAUAAGGUGAAUGUUUUACAUGGAUUUAUCAAAAUGCUGUAGUUAUGUUUUUUUUUUUCUAGUUUUCCUUAAGAUUUUCUUUUACAAGUUAUUGUAAAAAAAAAGAAAAAAAGAUGUCUGCUAAUGUCAGAUGUUUCAGUUGGUCUUCAGUAGUGCAUAUAUCCUCUUGGUGGUUGUAAUAAAAUGCUUUAUGUUUAUUAA